CAUUUGGUAUCUGAACUUUAAGCAAAGAAUAUACAUAUAUUCAAACUCAAAUUCGUAAUUUCCAGAAGCAUAUUGAAGAUGAAAAGAUGGUUAAGGAAAAUGGGAUUGAAUAAUAUUAAUUGGUUACCUCCUCCUCAUAUGGUUGCUGCUACACGCGCCGUUCACCGGCGCGUCAAACUCGUCGAUCUUGUUAUUGAAGUUCGUGAUGCGCGUAUACCAUUGUCCUCAGCGAAUGAAGAUUUGCAGCCUAUGCUUUGUGGGAAAAGACGGGUGAUUGCUCUUAAUAAGAAAGAUUUGGCCAACCCCAACAUCAUGCAUAGGUGGAUCCGAUAUUUCAAUUCAUGUAAACAAGAGUGCCUUCCAAUAAAUGCACACAGUAGAAGUUCUGUGCAAAAGCUUCUCGAUCUUGUGGAGCUUAAAUUGAAGGAAGUUAUUACAAGGGAACCUACUCUUUUUGUCAUGGUGGUUGGUGUUCCUAAUGUCGGAAAAUCAGCUUUUAUCAAUUCCAUCCAUCAAAUUGCAUUGUCUCGAUUUCCGGUACAGGAGAAGAUGAAGAGGGCUACAGUGGGGCCUUUGCCUGGUGUUACUCAAGAUAUUGCUGGAUAUAAGAUUGCACAUCUACCUAGCAUAUAUGUGUUGGACACUCCAGGAGUGUUGGUUCCAAGUAUUCCAGACAUGGAAACAGGGUUAAAGCUGGCUCUAGCAGGGUCCUUCAAAGAUUCAGUAGUUGGUGAAGAGCGAAUUGUUCAAUACCUGUUGGCAGUUCUAAACACUCGAGGAACUCCUCUUCAUUGGAGACACUUGAUUGGUAGGGAAUCUGAGGGCCUUCAUCAUGAGUUGGGUGACAAACCUGAAUAUAAUCUCAAGGAUCUUCUACCAAAACGAAGGAAGCCGCCCAACAAAUCUGAUAUCUACUACAUAGAGGAUAUGAUCAGCGAAGUCCAACGCACGCUAUGCACCACACUCUCGGAGUUCGUUGGUAACUUGGAAGAUGAAGGUGAGUUGGAGACUUUGAUAGAUCAGCAGUUUGAAGCAUUGCAGACGGCUCUGAAGAUACCUUAUAAGGCAUUGGAGGCUCGCACGAUGGUGUCAAAAAAAAUUCUAACUCUAUUUAGAACAGGCAAACUUGGUCCUUUCAUCCUGGAUGAUGUCCCUGAUGCAUCUGAUCCUGCAUCUUGAAACACCAUUUGAAAGAGAAAUUCCCGAGGACCAUAGGUGCACAAUUCAAAUUCGGUGGAUAAUGAGCCUGCCUUCUCUACCUUUCUCAAUUAAAUAUAAGGCUUUUGGCUAUGACACGAUUUGGAUCCAUGACGUGUGCCUAAAUCCAAUAUCACGUGCUACGCUCCUAUUACUAGUCUGAUGCCUUAGGGUAGAUUGCUAUUAUUUAGUCAUGCAGAUGCAAUAUGUAAGCUAGAAAUGCUUGGUUUGAGAACUCUCUUAACUGAUCUUGGAGACGGGCACACGAGCAUAUUAUUGAAAAAUUGAAUAUAAGGUUUACUUGUCUAUUGGAUAUUAUCAGAUUUUUGCUCGAACCAUUUAUGAACCUUGACAAAUGUCUACCGAACACCAUUUGUAAUUUAUUAUCUUUGCACAGUAAACACUACUCUGAAGAUGAAUGAUACUCAUUGGUGAACAACAUACUGUAUAAGAGAAAAUUGCAUAACUGAUACUAAUAUUUUGCCAAUUAUUUGGUUAAUGAAGGUGAGUUGGAGACUUUGAUAGAUCAGCAGUUUGAAGCAUUGCAGGCAGCUCUGAAGAUAUCUUAUAAGACAUCAAAGGCUCACAAGAUGGUGUCGAAAAAAUUCCUAGCUCUAUUUAGAACAGGCAAACUUGGUCCUUUCAUCCUGGAUGAUGUUCCUGAUGCAUCUAAUUCUGCAUCUUGAAACACCAUUUGAAAGGUAUCAUCAAUGUUAAUAUGAUAAUUUUGUACCAUAGUUUUCUUGAAUAUUUCACCCCUUAUCAACACCAGCUUAGGUUUAUUAAUGUAGUAGUACUAGUUUGGAAGUUCUCUUUAAUAGACAUGUCUACACUAUUUUCCAUGAAUUAUUCAGGUUGCUGUUAAUUUUUUGAUAAUCGAGAUAUAUCCGAGGCAUAGGUUCACGGUUUAAAA